GAAAAUUCCUAGAUCCGCCCCUGGUUUUCUAAGUUUCUUUUAGAGAAAUAAUAGUUCGAAAUCGACCCCAUAGGUAACAUGAAUUUAGCUACAAUUUUAUACUCUAUAGUUCCAAGCGGUCCUCCUUUGAAUAUCAAAACCACAUCAAGAAGUGCAUCAUCAUUGUCUUUCACCUGGGAUCCACCUGAGAAAGAUAAACAAAAUGGCGUCAUUAUCAGUUAUACUGCGUGUGUUUCACAUUCAGAAAAUGGCCAUUGCUUUCAGACAUUUGCAACCAAUAAAAGAGAAUGGGUUGCCAGACAUUUGACAGCGUCAACAAAAUAUUACGUGCGUAUUCUUGCAAGUACAAAGGUUGGUCAUGGAAACUACAGUGAAAGUAGAGGAUUUUUUACGAAUGAAAGUAAGUACAACACUUAUAUUUAAAUUUUGUCUGUGGUUACCAGAAUUCCUGUUCAGAAUUUCAUGUUCCGCUGCUUUUACGCUUGCCAGUAGUACAGUUUCUUUAAUAAGCUCUACUAUAGAAUAGACACUUCCUGGAUUUGCACAGUUGCACAGGAUCGAGGCAGCCAAUGACUUAACUAAUAUUUAAAAUACGAUGAUUACGAUCACAUUGUCAGCCUCGAGUUUAAGUGGAUGUGCACUUAUGGAAAUUUGGGAAGUGUCUGUUCCUAACCAAACUUCCCUACUCUGCAUAUGUGCAUGCUUAGAUACAACCUGCAUGAUAACCCUACACAGAUCCUCACUUCCGAAAACAUCUAAAAUUAAUAAUAUAUAUAUAUAUUUCCAUAUUUUCCAACAGAGGCGGCAGAGAAAGCCAUCGCUGAAACAUCAAGUACACUUACAUUUUCAUUGCAAAUACCAUCAAAAACGAUUGCGUAAGUUUAUUGUCUUUCUGCUGGUAUAAAUAUCUACGCCGAUUAUACAAUAAGCUGCAGUGUUUGUUUGAGUAUAAAUUACCAGAAAAUAAUUAAAAACUGGUAGAUCUGACCCACAUCUUUGGAAUAUUGUCGGUAUACAGUUAACUGCAACGUUCACACUGUAAUGAAAGUAUUGUUUCUGUCUUUAGUUAUUUCUACAUGGUGGCUUUGAAAUUAAAAGACGGCAAAGAACCUACAUCAUCUGGCAGUUACGAAAACAGUGAGUUCGUGACGUAUGCCGAGGCAAGAAAAUCAACCAAUUCGAAACCUUAUAUCGCUGCAGUUGUUACAUCCAGUGGUGUUGAUGGAAAAAUGUUUGUACUUGGUGAUGGUAGAAAUACAAGUGAUCCCACAUCACGAAGACGAAGGUCAACCUCAAGCAAUUAUUAUAAUGGUCCGUUGGAGCCUGGCAGUAGUUAUAGUAUUUUUCAAAGGAUUGUACUCAGUGACAAGGUAUGGUAUUUCUUUGUUAUCAUACUUUAGAAUUUAAGAUUUUCUUGUCUAACUUUUCCUCAACAAAAGAAAGUGGGAAGUUUCAAAAGCAUUUUCACACAGAUGCCAAACAUAGCAGGAACAAAAGGUAGUCCACAUCAAAUAUAUACGGUCAUCACGUUAUGACAUCAUCUAUUUGUGAAUCACUUAAGAGGUAAACAUACUGUCAUCUUCUUUGCUACAGGUUGAAUAUUACUCCACAGACUGGAGUCCUGCUUCAAAGACAAGCGAAUAUGCAGGUACUUGUUUUCUAGCUGACUAGUUAGAUACGUAAAGUUGGAUAGUAAAGUUACAUAAUACAUGCAGAAUGCACGGUUAGUCAUGAUGAAAGUAUCAUUAUUCAUAGAAAAAUGAUGGUUGUGCAUUAAUACAGUGAAAAUAUGUUGCUUGUCAGAACAUUAAAAUAUUUCUUGUUUCUGUUUUCCAGGUAGUCCUAGUAUAUUGAUAAAGACGUCCAGCGGUGACAUAAAGGCAAAGGAAGGUGAUCUUGUCAACCUACUGUGUUCUGCUGAAGGUGAACCUCCAAUAAUUUUCAACUGGGAAAAAGACCAGAAGCUACUGGAAAGUUUUAUGGAAAAGGACAAGCCUCAUCGCAGUUCUUUACUUGUUGUAACAGUGAAAGAUCAAACAAGUUUCGGAAAAUAUACUUGUCAUAUCCGAGAUCGCUUUGAAAGCACCACGUAUACAAUGUCGGUCCUAAAAGAUACCCGUAUAGAUAAUCCUACUUCAGGUAUAAUGAUGAUUUUUAUUUCACUUUUAUAUGUUUACAUCUAAACAAAAAGUUGCAAAAUUUGGAAAUUGUUUUUUCUUCGAGUUGUAUGCCCGAGCUCAUGCUAUCCACGAAUAAUAUGAAGCAUAUAUGCUAAUAUGCUAACAUGAUUUGCUCGCUGCUCUGCCUCUGGUUAAAAUAAAUGAAUGGAAUCCCUGAUAACUUUGUUCCAGGAUUACGUACAUUUACUUAAACAAGAGUAGCGAGCGAAAUAAUUUGACGUAUGUAUUCACUAGCUAUGAAACAUUUUAAAUUAUUAAUAUUCUUAGUCAUUUCAAUUAACUUUCAGGCACGCCGGACUACAAAAAUGAUGAUGGUUCUGAAAUCUAUCUUGUUGGAAUAAUAAUAUUAGCAAUUCUGCUCAUUAUUUUAGUCUUUAUUCUUACCUAUUUUAUUUGUCAAAAUCGUCGUCUCAAAUCAAAGGCAAACGUAGAGAACAAGACCCAGAGCAGAAAUAUUUCAGACGAUACGUAUCGUUAUGCUGAUGAAGAUGGUGACAAUUACCAAGACGUGAAAAAUGAACAGCCGACAUCUACAGCUCUCGAAAGGCUUGAGGACGAAGAAAAUGCUGAUCAUAUAUAUAGUCAGUUAAAUGACUACGUACAGGAGGAGGAAACUGGAAUGUGAUAUAUUCUUAGUAAACAUUAAGCCGAGGAAACCGACAUUUAAUACUCCAAGACACUCAAUAUUUUGGUUCUGUAUUCGACAAUCGUAUAAUUUUAUGGAAAAAAACCCCGAAUAUUUUGACGUUUAUAACCAAUGGAUAAUAGCUUAAAACUUGAACCUUGAACAGCAUAUAUAGUUCUUAAUCAAAGUUCCAAAGAAUAAUCAAGUGAGCUCUCCCAACGACAAUCUAGCUUUCUAAUAUGUUAACAUCUCUAAUAUUAAAAACCACUCUAAUCCAGACACUUUCUAAUAGGAAUAACUUCCUGUGUUAGUUUUCAUAUAUUCUCUUUUUAAUGUUGUUAUAGGGCUGCUUCAUUCUUCCGCCUCAACGUCCAUAAACCAGUCCAUACGCUGCCUAACAAUAAACGAGUGAA